AUUAUGUGGUCAUAUGAAACAUCGAAAGAGGAGAUGCUGGUGUGUAUAUAAUGCCGGCAGUGCUUGGAUGGGACGCAACACAUUUCUUUGGUUUCACCAGAACACCAUCAACAAUUGUGACAACUGCAUCAAGCAUCCAAUCUACUACCACAACCAGCUAUACCAAGCUACCCUACAGCAUUUGACUCCAACUUACCAUCCAACCAACCCCUCAACCAAUGCAGGGCGAUAUCUUCCAACUCGAGUCAUUGACGUCCCCGGCCACUGUGUUGAAGCCACAGCCAAAGCCUGCCAUGGCACGUCCUAGACCUACAAAUAAUCCUCAGGUCGCCAUCUAUAAUGAGGAUGAUCUGUCUCACCUGCUCUAUAUGAGCAGUCACCCUCAUCAUCAUCACCACCAUCACGCCCACGAGCAGAGACCUUUCACCCACCCCGCUGACAUCGGCACGGUCCUCAUCAACUCCGUGGACGACAUGGAGGCUACCACACCAGCCCUGAGCGACUGCGAAUCUUGCUGUGGCUCCGAGGGCUCUGGAAUGUAUAUAGAAUCUCCCGUGACGCCACCUCUGACAGGCUUGGAGGAGGUCGACGAGCUUGCCCUAGAGGCAUACCGCCGCAAAGGUCGACGGAACGCACUUUCCACCGACUCCCUCGAGAGCCUCGGCUUCCCCAUCUUCCUGGGCAGACAGGACGAAGAGGUGGAGGAAUGGCCUGUGAAGUCACAGAGUGCACCACAGAAACUCUCACAAAAUGUGGCUUUUCCAGCUGUAAAGCUGCCCGAGGUUCCUGCUUCGCAACACGUCAACGCCAUCGACGGCACCAUGAUGUCUUGGUGGCCAGAGUCUCUAGAUACUAUGGAGCACGAAUGGGCCGUGGAGAAGACGCAGUGGCAGCUGCAGCUCGAGAAAGAAAAGCUCGAGGAGCUCGAACGCGAGGGCGGGAUCGCAACCACGAAGACUUACAAGGCCCAAUACGACGCUGUGCCAGUCAGUGACAUCGAGGGCCCUUUGAUGAAUUGGUGGCCAAUGCCUAUCUAUGACUGGAGUGAGCGAUUCUACGAAUAACGAACUGCCUCGCCACUUGAUACAGUCUUGCGGGCAUUGGCUUCACCAUAAUGGGAGGAAAAUGAUUUAUACUGGGUAAUAUUCGCUGAAGUCCAUCUGUAUAUUGGCCACAAUCAGUUAUAUACAUGGAGUUCGGAGUUAACGGACGGGGCAUGAAAAAACAAGGGAGAAAGUGCCUGCUCGGUUCCAUUGUUAAUGAAGGAAGGAAGGAAGUCAUGAUACCCAUUACACGAGUCCCUAUUUUAUGGGAGGACGGAAAACGACGAUACUAGUGAGGGGACACGAUUGGUACUAGGUAUUUUACGACUGCAUCCAUUCUACUAUCGUUCUGCAUAGAAUCGGACUGGCAUUGGGCGUUCAGCACUGGGUGUUACGUGGUUUUAGAACCUCGAGCUUAUUGUUAAGCAUGUUAGCUAUUCAUAGGAAAUGCCAAUAUUCGCUACUCAUGUUUUCGGUAUUUAUGCGUACGGUGAGGUAGAGCUCCGUUGCCUUGUCAUUGAUUGGAACUAAGAUCAGAUGGUUACAAAUACUGAUGAACAGGCUCAUUUCGG